AUGAAAGGCUUCAGAGUUCAUCAACUCCAAUUCAUCUUUGGCCUCUUGGGUAAUAUUAUAUCCUUUAUGGUGUUCUUAGCUCCUGUGCCAACAUUUUGGACAAUCUACAAGAAGAAAACAUCAGAAGGGUUUCAAUGUAUACCAUAUGUGGUGGCUUUAAUGAGUGCAAUGUUGUUGCUUUAUUAUGCUGUGCUUAAGACAAAUGCUUAUUUGUUAAUCAGCAUUAACUCUUUUGGUUGUGUCAUUGAACUUAUCUACAUAGCACUCUACUUCUAUUAUGCUCCUAAGAAGUUAAAGAUAUUUACAUUGAAGUUGUUAAUGAUAUUGAACUUGGGGAGUUAUGGAGUAAUGGUAGGAGGAACAAUGCUUAUACUUCAUGGAAAUAAACGAACACAUGCUGUUGGAUGGAUUUGUGCUGCUUUCAAUCUUGCUGUUUUUGCUUCUCCUUUGACUAUCAUGAAGAGGGUGAUAAGAACAAAGAGUGUGGAGUAUAUGCCAUUUUUCCUAUCCUUUUUUCUCACACUAUCAGCCACCAUGUGGUUUUUCUAUGGCUUCUUUAUCAAAGAUCUCUUCAUUGCUCUACCAAACAUUGUGGGAUUUCUACUAGGAAUGGUCCAAAUGAUAAUGUACAUGAUAUACAAAGAUAGAAAGGGAAAUGGUCUUGAAGAGAAACUUGAGGAAGGAGGCAAAAAUUAUGAAGUGGAUGACCAAAGUCUCUCAAAAGUAAAGAAGAGUAAUCAAAGUGAAACAAAGGAGAUCAAUAUGGGAGAAACCAACCACAACAACAUUGCAUGAAUUUAAAGGCUUGUUUUUAGGAAAUUUAUAUGAAGAAAAAGGUUUCGUGGGGAGAGAGAGAAAAAGAGAGAGUGAGUUUGCUUUAAUAUAGUGUAAAAAUACAAAGGGAUGUGCUUUUGGAUUUGGGAGAAGUAGUUCAAUGGAAUAAAAUGGGUUACCUUUUU